CGGGCCCCGGCAGCGCGGGCGCGGCCCUGCCCCCGGCGCCGGCCCCCCUCGGCCCGUCUGCAGUGCCCUUCGCCUCCCGCGCCCCUCAGCGCUCGCUGCGCCCUCAGCAGCCCCCGCCGUGUCCCCGGUCCCUGCUUCUCCCUCUCGGGCGCGGGCGGAGGCGGCGAGCGGGUGAAGCCCCCGCCCCGCGGCCUCCCCCAUGGUGGGCUUCGGGGCCAACAGGAGGGGCGGCCGUCUGCCUUCCUUCGCCUUCGUGGCGCUGCUCGUGGUGGUGGCCGUCCUCGCCUUCAACUGCUGGAGCGCCUCGUCCCGCCAGGCCCUGCUGCAGGAGGAGCUGGCGGAGCUGCAGAGCCAGGCCAAGCGCACGGAGGUGGCCCGCGGGCGGCUGGAGAAGAGGAACGCCGACCUGCUGGGCAAGGUGGACUCGCACAGGAAGCAGCUGGAGCAGAGGGAGGCCGACUACAGCCACCUGAGCAGCCAGCUGCAAGCCCGAGAGGGCCAGGUGAAGAAGUGCGAGGAGAGCAAGAUUAAGUUGCAGAACAACAUAUCGUAUCAAAUGGCAGAUAUACAUCGUUUAAAGGAACAACUAGCAGAAUUACGGCAGGAAUUCAUUCGUCAGGAAGAUCAGCUUCAUGAAUACAAGAAGAAUAAUACUUACCUUACAAGGAGAUUGGAAUAUGAUAGUCUGCAGUGUGGGCAACAGAUCAAAGAAAUGAGACUGCAACAUGAAGAAAAUAUAAAGAAAUUAGUGGACCAAGUUAUACGGGAACAAAAGGCCACACAGAAAAUUCAGUCCAGUAAAGGCACUGAAGUCAGUCUCAAUGAUGAUGACCAAGCAGUAUCUAAGACUGUUCUGGAAACAGAAGAUAAAAACACAGUAAAGAAUGAAGAGCCUUCAGAUCAUGCUGUAGAUGGCAAAGAGAAAAUCAAAUUAGGAGGAGAUGCAGGCAUGCCUGAAAUAGAAGAUAAUGACCCUGCUAAAGCUGAAGAUACUCCCACUGCUUUAAAGAAGCCACUUAUUUCAGCUCUUCAAAGCGAAGGUCGUCAACCUGUUAUGAAUCUGCCAACUGAACAGCCCCAUGCUCCAAAUCUGGCUCCAGGUUUGCACACUGAUAGUGAUGGAAAUGCUGAUACAGUGAAGCAGAUACCUCCAAAUUCUCUUCAGCAUUUAAAUUUUGAAGAAAAUACAGAAAAUCAGAAAGAAAACAAAAUUAAAACAGACCAUAUAAAACUUCCAAAGAGCAGAGUUAGCGACUUGCAGAAGAUGAAGCAAAGCCGAUUCUUUGAUGAGAAUGAAUCCCCUGUUGAUCCGCAGCAGGGCUCUAAACUGGCAGAUUAUAAUGGGGAUGAUGGUAACGUGGGUGAGUAUGAGGCAGACAAACAGGCUGAACUGGCUUACAAUGAGGAAGAGGAUGGUGAUGGUGGAGAAGAAGACGUCCAAGAUGAUGAAGAACGAGAUCUUCAAAAUGACCUUGUUGAAUAUGGCAAGCCACGCUUCAGUGAUGGUGUUCUUUAAAUCCAGAGUUAAACAAGACACGUAGAUGAGAAGAACUCUCAAUUGAAGAACUUGAAGUGCUGCAAAACUGAACCAUUUUUACUUCAGUGUUUCUUACUUUAAAAGAAACCUAUAAUAAAGUGAUAAGUAUACUCAAAGUUAGUGAAGUAACACAAGGAAACGGUUCUGUACAUAUGUACAUAGUUGUACUAUGGCAAUUGUAUUAAAACUUCAUUUUUGUUGUUACAUCGAGCCAAUUAGACUGUACCUUAUCUGUAAUAAUCUUUACAUUUAAAACCAUUAUUAUAAAUAUAGGCUGAAUUGUUUCUGCAAAUUAGAAAACUUUGUAAACUGGAGAACUUGUACAGUUUGUAUCUCUCAUCUAACAAAUACACUGUGGAAACAAUGUAUAGCCAAAGGACUCCUUUUCUACAGUAAUACCUGUAUGAGCAAAAAUACUCUGCUUUUUUCAUGAGUGCUGUGUUUUGUAGUGAGCUAUCAAUUGAGAAUAAAAACUGAAUGUUAAAUUGUUCUUUCCUUAAUUUAACUGAGGAAAGAUACAUGACAGAGAAAUAAUCUUCAGAAGCAAGUACCAUUUAAAUUCUAGUAUACAGUGACCAAAGCUUUAGCUAGAGCUGGGAAUCAGUGGUAUUAGAAUUCUAAUAAUUUGAUACAUCCUGAAAAAGUUGUGUAACUAUAGCUUAUUUUAAAAGGUAAAAUAAAUAACAGAGCUGGUAGGAAAUAUGUUUGUGUACAUGUUGAAGCAUUUCUUCAGUGAGAAAUAAAGACAAGUCUACAGCUUUGUAAGAACCUAAUGAAAGGAACAACCCUUGCCAUCAGUAAAUACAUUAUGUGCACUGUUUUACUGUUCCAAGAGCAUCAUAUCCAUCGCAGUCACUUAAGUUAAUUUACAGUACUCUGAUACAAUCUCUUCAGACAUCUGGCAUGUUCCACAUUUUGCUUUUUCUAGCUCAGAAGAGUUUGUAAGUUAGAUACUUUUUGUAUUCUCUGUUUAAGCACUUUUUGAAUUUUAUGGAAAUGAUUCUGAUGAUCUGCAGUAGUGGAAAUUAAGAUUAACCCAACCUGCUUCUCCAAAAGGGCUACUGUGAAAAUAAAUUGUAGGGCCUAUGACGUGGGUGAUUGUACUCUUACUAUCUCUGUACUCAGGUUCAGAUUUAAAAUAACAGUUAAGGUUUGCUUGAUGCAAUUCAGUAAACCAUUUAAAUUUCAAAGCUCAAACAGUUCUUGGCUAUGGGGAUCUUCUACCAAUGAAUCUUAAAUACGUAAUUUCUUCAUAAAAGAAAAAAUUCAGAUUCUGGUGAUGCAUCUUAAGCGUGUUUUGUUUAAGGCUUGAGCUUUCUAUGCAUAAGCCAAAACUCUUCAUUAUGUACUUCUGGGAGGGAGAUGAGGCGGGAUAGCCCUUUGCAUGGUGUGAUAUAUUUCCAGUUUAAAAUAAAAUGCUGAACCUGCACAAUUAGAAACCAUACUAACACCACACAGUAAGUAUAAACACGUACCAGAAAUUAAAAAAAAGUCAUCAGUAAAUACUAUAUUUAAGCACUGCAAUUUUUAUUUGUCUUAAAGUGUAAUUUCACCCUCAAUUAGGUGUUAACUUCUAACGAAAGCAACGUUUAUUGGGUUCUAAUAAAUUAAGUUGUUUAAAGUU